AUGGACAAUGGCAAUGACCUUGCAUUGCAGUGUGCCAUAGUGAAGAGAAUGCUUUUAACAGAAAUUUCAGCAACUUUGUCCUUUUCUUAUCAAGGAACAAUUGCUGAGUGUCUUGGUGUCAGUGAUUUUGUAGUGUUAUAUCCAACAUCCAAUAGCCCAAAGUCACCUGAUCUGCAUAAAAUGAUAGUCCCCAAAAACAGCCAGGACAACGACUUGAAAAUUAAACUGGCAGUGAGAAUGGAUAAACCACCUCACAUGAAGCACUGUGGAUAUUUGUAUGCUCUAGGACAGAAGGUUUGGAAGCGGUGGAAAAAGCGCUAUUUUGUUCUUGUUCAGGUUAGCCAAUACACAUUUGCAAUGUGCAGUUACAGAGAAAAGAAAUCUGAGCCUCAGGAACUGAUGCAACUCGAAGGAUACACUGUGGAUUAUACAGCUCCUCACACAGGUCUUCAGGGUGGUCGAAUGUUUUUCAAUGCCGUUAAAGAAGGUGAUACUGUGAUAUUUGCCAGUGAUGAUGAGCAGGAUAGAAUACUCUGGGUUCAAGCUAUGUACAGAGCCACGGGUCAAUCAUAUAAACCUGUUCCUGCAAGUCAAGCUCAGAAGAUGAAUCCUAAAGGAGGCAGUGUCAGCACAGAUAUAUCCCCACUUUCUGGCAAAGAUACAGACCGUGGUCAGAAACAUGGCAUGGACGAGUUUAUUUCUGCUAAUCCCUGCAAAUUUGACCAUGCUUCCCUCUUUAGACUGCUUCAGAGGCAGACCCUGGAUCACAGAUUGAAUGACUCCUAUUCUUGUUUGGGCUGGUUUAGCCCAGGUCAAGUGUUCGUAUUAGAUGAAUACUGUGCUCGCUAUGGAGUGAGAGGCUGUCACCGACAUCUUUGCUAUCUCGAUGAAUUGAUUGAGUAUUCAGAAAAUGGUUCUGUCAUUGAUCCCACCUUGCUCCACUACAGUUUUGCAUUUUGUGCUUCUCAUGUUCAUGGUAACAGGCCAGAUGGAAUUGGAACAGUAUCUGUUGAAGAGAAAGAAAGGUUUGAGGAAAUUAAAGACAGACUUUCCUCCCUUUUAGAAAACCAAAUAAGCCAUUUCAGAUACUGUUUCCCUUUUGGACGUCCUGAAGGAGCUUUAAAAGCCACACUUUCACUACUUGAAAGGGUUUUAAUGAAAGAUAUUGCCACUCCCAUACCAGCAGAAGAGGUCAAGAAAGUGGUUAGAAAAUGUCUGGAGAAGGCUGCCUUGAUCAAUUACACUCGACUUACAGAAUAUGCCAAAAUAGAAGAGACCAUGAACCAAGCAACACCUGCUAGAAAACUGGAAGAGGUUCUUCACCUUGCAGAACUCUGUAUCGAGGUACUGCAGCAAAAUGAAGAACAUCAUUCAGAGGGAAGAGAGGCAUUCGCUUGGUGGCCAGAAUUGUUGGCUGAGCAUGCAGAGAAGUUUUUGUCUCUGUAUUCUGUUGAUAUGGAUUCAGCACUCGAGGCACAGCCACAGGACUCCUGGGACAGCUUCCCACUUUUCCAGCUGCUGAAUAACGCCCUCAGAAAUGACACAUUAUUGUGCAAUGGAAAGUUUCACAAGCACUUGCAAGAAAUUUUUGUUCCCAUGGUUGUCCGCUACAUCGAUCUCAUGGAAUCAUCAAUUGCCCAGUCCAUUCACAGAGGUCUUGAGCAAGAGUCAUGGCAACCUGUCAAGAGCAUCACCAACAGUCUUCCUAAUGUAGCUCUUCCAAAAGUUCCAAGUUUGCCUGUUAAUCUUCCACAAAUGCCUAGCUUUACUACACCAACCUGGAUGACUUCUUUGUAUGAAUCCACCAAUGGAUCAGCUACAUCAGAAGAUCUUUUCUGGAAACUGGAUGCUCUGCAGAUGUUUGUUUUCGAUCUUCACUGGCCAGAACCAGAAUUUGCCCAUCAUUUAGAGCAGAGACUUAAACUCAUGGCCACUGACAUGAUAGAAGCAUGUGUCAAAAGAACAAGAAUUGCAUUUGAACUCAAGCUGCAAAAGGCAAACAAAUCGACGGAUUUACGUAUCCCUUCUUCUCUGUGUACAAUGUUUAAUGUCUUAGUCGAUGCCAAAAAACAGACAGCUAAACUCUGCAUACUGGAUGGGGGGCAAGAGCAACAAUACCAUUCAAAAAUAGAUGACUUGAUUGAUGAAACGGUUAAAGAAAUUAUUUCCCUUCUUGUUUCAAAGGUUGUUUCAGUGUUAGAAGGUGUGCUGUCUAAAUUGUCAAGAUAUGAUGAAGGCACUUUCUUCUCAUCAUUAGUUUCAUUCACUGUGAAAGCAGCUGCAAAAUAUGUUGAUGUUCCUAAACCAGGGAUGGAUCUAGCAGACACCUACAUUAUGUUUGUUCGACAAAACCAGGAUAUACUUCGAGAAAAGGUCAAUGAGGAAAUGUACAUAGAGAAGUUAUUUGAUCAAUGGUAUAGCAACUCCAUGAAAGUCAUAAGCAUGUGGCUGGCUGAUAGAUUAGACCUUCAGCUUCACAUCUACCAGCUGAAGACUCUCAUCAAGAUAGUUAAGAAAACUUACCGAGACUUCAGGUUGCAAGGCGUGAUGGAGGGAACGCUGAACAGUAAGACCUACGAUACCGUUCACAGCCGUCUGACCGUGGAGGAAGCCACAGUCUCAGUCACGGAUGCAGGAGGACUUCAGGGCAUUACUAUGAAAGACAGUGAUGAGGAGGAAGGAUGAUAUUAUUUCACUAAGCAUCUGGAGUUGAGGGGUGAUGGUCUGAGGGUGGUGAUUAUCUUGGCUUGGGGUUUUUUUGGUAACUUGUCCUUGUAGUUGCAUUUAUAGUUUUGCCUUAUGAUAUUGGUGCAGAAAUGUAAUUUGCUCCAUUUAAAAGAGAGAAAAAAAAAGAUCAGAGGAAAAGUGUCAAGGACUUUUGGAGAACAAUGGUUGUAGCAUAUUUUUAUGUAUAGCUUUGCUUAGGGCUGCAAGAACACUGGCAUGGAGUUUGAGUUCUACUUGUGAUUAUGUUUCUUUCCCUUUUGUUUUGUUAACAUUUGUUUUUGUAUCUCCAUCUGAUACUGACAUUCUGUGCAGAAACAAAAUGUGUGUCUCGCUUAAAACACAACUAUACAGGAAAUCAUUCUUGGAGUAAGGCAAUGCCCUAGGUAAAAAAAUAGUGUAUUUUCAGGGUUACACUUUGUUUACCUUUUUUUGUGCUUAAUUUUACAUUAUUAUGUGAUGUGCAUUAAAAAUUUUAAUCUUGGUUCUUUGUAUACUGAGGUUGGUAUAUAAGUAGUAGGACUUUAAGGGCAGUCAAAUACAUACAAACUGCUUAGGAGUGUUGUGUCUAUUCAUUUUGCAAGUUUAAAGAUAUCUCAUCCUGUUGGAUGUCAGUAAGCUUGCCAUCAAUGUUUGUAUUUCUGUGAAAAUUUUCAGGCAAUAAGAACACAUUUUGUCGUGACCAUUUCUGUAUCUACCCAAGUUUGUAUAGAGUUCUACAAUUAAAAGAUGUUUUCAAAAUUUCAAAC